GCCAGCUGUCGAAACAGAAAAAUAAUUGCUCUGUUUUAUGGUCGUGAACCCAAUCGACAUGGCUACCUCAUAUGAUGGAUCAGUUCCACUUGGACAAGGCGGACAAGGAUCAGUUUUUCCUGGUGAAUUUGAAGGCCGUGAAGUGGCUGUCAAAAGGGUCGCGGUGUUUCGUCUUCGUAACAACAACGAAGAAGAAGCUCUAAAACAGUUAAAACAUCCGAAUAUCGUCAAACUCUUCCACUGUGCAGCCGAUGCCAAUUUCAAGUAUUUUUAUCUGGAACGCUGUGCUGCUUCGUUAGAUCAAGUGUUUCUGCAUCCAGGCGACCCUAAAAAAUACAAAGGACCUAAAUUACCGUACCAUUACAUAAUUUUCUCUCAGUUGGCAUCAGGUCUGGAGCACAUCCAUUCUAAAAAAUUAAUCCAUCGAGAUAUUAAACCAGAAAACGUUCUCAUCUUCGUGGAUUCUACUGGCCAAGGCGAUGAGGCAAUCAUCAAAUGGGCUGACUUUGGACUCUCCAAGCCCGUGAAUGAACGGGGAACGUACACGUUGAGUGAAGUAAGAGGAACCAGUAAUUGGUACUCCCCCGAACUGUUGACAUUGCUCUUGAACAAACAAGGGGCAGAAGAGCCCAGAGGUACUGUCAAAAGUGAUGUCUUUGCCCUAGGCCUCGUCUUCGGUUACCUUCUCCUCAACGGGCAACAUCCGUACGGUGGUCUUGAAGCUGAGAUUCACAAAAACCUAAUGAAAAAGAAAACGAUCCAAUUGAAGAAUAUUUAUCACUUACACUACGCUUAUGACCUAAUCAAGAAAAUGUUGACACACGAACCCAACGAUAGAAUUACAUCAUCCGACGUAGUUAAUCAAUUGGAAUCCAAAAAGAACAAGAUUGAAGAGCACGAAAAGAAUUUUUUCCGACUGUGUGCGAAUGGUCCCAACGACAAACUCCAGGAUUUAAUUAAAAGGGGAAUCGACAUAAAUGCAAUAGACAGGAACGGGUGCAACGCACUUCACAUCUUGUGCGAAAAUAAUUCAAAUGAAAAUUUAAUGUCCGUUACGAAACUUCUGAUCAAACACGAAAUCGACAUCAAUGCAAAGAAUGCAUGCGGAAAUAACACCCUUCAUGUUCUAUGCGAGUUCUAUUCAAGCGAAAAUCUCUUGGACGCAAUCGAACUCUUGAUCAAACACGGAAUCAAUGUGAGUGACAAAAACGAGUUUGAUCAGAAUGCCCUACAUAUUUUAUGUAGUUGCAAUUCAAACGAAAACUUGUGUGACGCAAUCAAACUCUUAGUUAAAAACGGAAUCAACGCGAACGACACAGAUAGCACCGGAAACAGGGCACUCCAUUUAAUAUGCGAACACAAUUCAAGCGAAAAUUUACUAGACAUAGUCGAGCUUUUGAUUGAGUUAGGAGUAGACGUGAAUGCACGAGACGCAGCUGGAUGGAACGCUCUUCAUUUUUUGUGUUAACAUAAUUCCAGCGAAAAGUUAAUGGAAACAAUCGAAUUCUUAAUCCAACAAGGAGUCGAUAAAGCACCUGAUGGUAUUGACGCGCUGUCUCUCCUUCGCGACAAUAACAGUCAAGGAAACGUCGAAGACAUUAUCCAAUACUUCCAAACAACCGUCCCGUUGGCUCCGAAUGAGAUAAACAUGGACACAAGUUGAUCGAUAUUUUCUAACAAACAAUUUCCAUUUUACACUUGCCAAAAUGUAGAGAUGGCAACAUGUUUAUCAAGACAAUACACGUGGUUUAAAUCUUG